CCGUCCCGCAGUCCACCAUCAUCAGGACGUGCGGUGCUGCUUGAACCUCCAUAUCUCUCUCGCAGACACGACGGCCGCCAGUUUAUACCCCGGAUUUAAUCACCAUGGCUGCCUCUUUCAACAACCCCACACAGAUCUUUGCCGACGAUGUCACCGAGGAGAAGGGUGAGAAUGCGAGAUUGUCCGCCUUCGUGGGCGCUAUCGCUGUGGGCGACCUCGUGAAGAGUACUCUUGGACCUAAAGGAAUGGAUAAAAUCCUGCAGUCUGCGUCGACUGGAGAGAUCUUGGUCACGAACGACGGAGCGACCAUUCUGAAAGCUAUUGCUCUUGAUAAUGCUGCUGCAAAGGUUCUGGUGAAUAUCUCAAAGGUGCAAGAUGACGAAGUUGGUGAUGGAACAACAUCCGUUACGGUGCUGGCCGCGGAAUUGUUGCGAGAGGCUGAGAAGCUUGUCGAGAAGAAGAUCCAUCCCCAAACGAUUAUCGAAGGAUAUCGGAUAGCUAGCAAGGCUGCUCUAGCUGCUCUCGAGAAAUCUGCUGUGGACCGCAGUCAGGAUCCAGAGGCAUUCCGGAAUGACCUCCGGGCCAUUGCCCGUACCACUCUCAGCUCCAAGGUUCUAGCCCAGGACCGGGAUCAGUUCGCUACUCUUGCGUGUGAAGCAGUUCUCCGCCUGAAGGGCUCGACCGAUCUGAGCCAUAUUCAGAUCAUCAAGAAAGCUGGUGGCAAGCUAAGCGACUCCUACCUCGACGAGGGCUUCAUUUUGGACAAGAAGAUCGGUGUCAACCAGCCGAAGCGCUUGGAGAACGCCAAGAUCCUCGUUGCCAACACCGCAAUGGAUACGGACAAGGUCAAGAUCUUCGGUGCCCGGGUCAAGGUGGAAUCGACGGGUAAGCUGGCAGAGCUGGAGAAGGCAGAGCGCGAGAAGAUGCGUGCCAAGGUCGAGAAGAUCAAGGCACACGGAAUCAACUGCUUCGUCAACCGACAGCUCAUCUACAACUGGCCCGAGCAGCUAUUCACGGAGGCAGGCAUCGUCUCUAUUGAGCACGCCGAUUUCGACGGUAUCGAACGGUUGGCGUUGGUUACUGGUGGUGAGAUUGCUUCUACAUUCGACCACCCGGACCAGGUCAAGCUGGGUCACUGUGACCUAAUUGAGGAGGUCAUCAUUGGUGAGGAUACCUUGAUCAAGUUCUCCGGCGUUGCUGCCGGCCAAGCCUGCACGAUUGUGCUUCGUGGUGCCACCGAGCAGCUCCUGGAUGAGGCGGAGCGAUCUCUUCAUGAUGCUCUGGCAGUGCUCUCACAGACGGUGAAGGAGCCCAAGGUGACUCUUGGCGGUGGUUGUGCGGAGAUGGUGAUGUCCAAGGCUGUCGAGCACGCUGCACAGAACACGACAGGCAAGAAACAGCUGGCUGUCGAUGCCUUCGCGCAGGCUCUGAAGCAGCUACCGACCAUUCUGGCCGACAACGCCGGUUUGGACUCGAGCGACCUCGUGACACGACUACGUCAAGCUAUCAACAACGGCAUGACGAGCUCUGGACUUGACCUGCUGACCCCCGGUGGUGGAAUCGCCGAUAUGCGGGAACUCGGUGUCGUGGAAAGCUACAAGCUCAAACGGGCCGUUGUGUCGUCGGCCUCUGAGGCUGCCGAGCUCCUUCUCCGGGUCGACAACAUUAUCCGCAGCGCCCCACGCCGACGUGAACGUAUGUAGACGACAUACAAUCUUCUCUGAUGAAUCACGCAGUUGUCCAGUAGGGAACUCGCAUUGGGAAAGAUGAAACCACUGGAUGAAAAGUGGAGGAAAAAACGAUCUAAUAUCUAUCACGAAGAGUCUUCAUAUGAAGUUUAGAGGAAAAAAGAAAAAUCCUGCAACUAAAGAA